GGAUUUGAUCUGUUGUUGCCACACGUGAAAGUGAAAUGAAUCCAGCAGAACACUGGUUGCAACGGAUUUCGCCUAUUGUGAGAGCGGUAUGCAGUGACACCUGCCUUGAAAACAAACUCUAUACUUGGGCCCACCUCGGAUGAGAUAUAACCUCUCGCUUUGUGCACUGGAAUAAAGGACAAGGUAAACACUUUCUUCAUCAUGGAUUGUCAAGAAAAUGAGUACCAGGACCAAUGGGGGCACUGUGUCACCUGCCAGCAGUGUGGCCCUGGACAGGAGCUCUCCAAGGAUUGUGGUUAUGGAGAAGGUGGAGAUGCAUACUGCACAGCCUGCCCUCCCCGAAAAUAUAAAAGCACAUGGGGGCAUCACAGGUGUCAGACUUGCAUCACCUGCGCUGUCAUCAAUCGGGUCCAGAAAGCCAACUGCACGAAUACCUCUAAUGCUAUCUGCGGAGACUGUAUGCCCAGGUUCUACCGAAAGACGCGCAUCGGGGGCCUGCAGGACCAAGAAUGCAUCCCGUGUACAAAGCAGACUCCUUCUUCUGAGGUUCAGUGUACCUUCCAGUUGAGUUUAGUGAAGGUAGAUGCACACGCUGUUCCCGGUAAGGAAGCCACGCUUGUCGCACUGGUGGGCAGUCUGCUGGUAGUGUUUGCACUUGCCUUCCUUGGGCUCUUCUUCCUCUACUGCAAGCAGCUCUUUAAUAGACAUUGUCAAUGUGGAGGUUCGUUGCAAUAUGAAGCUGAAAAGGCAGUGGAGGAGGAUUCUCUUUUCCCCAUACCACCUGGCCAGGAGACCAGUCCUGAAUUUCCAGUGAAUGAGAUCAAGCCACUCAGCUCCAUCUUGGAUGACGACUGCAGUUCCACACGUGGCUUCCCCACCCAGGAGUCCUUUACCAUGGCCUCCUGCGCCUCAGAGAGCCACUCUAAAUGGGUCCAUACCCCCAUUGAAUGUACAGAGCUGGACCUGCAAAAGUUUUCCAGCUCUGUGCCCUGUACUGGAGCUGGAACCCUGAGGGAGAACACAGUUGAAAGCUCCGGAGACAGCCCGGAGCUCCGAGUACCUUUUCAAGUUCCCAGCCUUUGACUCUACUGAGGUCUCUUUCACUCUUGGCAACCUUGCCAGUGAUUGUUCCUGGACUUUCCUGCUCUACUUCUAUUCAACAGCUGUAGCAUGGGCCUGGGGUAUAGGCCCCACAAUAAUCAGUACUCUAAAAACGGGGUACACAGGGCCCAUCCUACAAGAGAAUUAAAUCCCCACCAUUUUCCCAAGACUGGCCUUGAACAUUUUUUUGUUUUCUUCUUUUAGUCUGGGGACUCAGAAUUCAUAGCCAUGAAAAUGGCUAUGGGCCAGUUAAUUAAUUAUAGAGGUGGGGGGAAUAACAACAAACAAGGUCAAAUUUUCCUGCCUGUAUAUUUUUUCUUCUUAUAUUUUUUGACAGGUAGAUCUGAGAAAGGGUUUUACAGAAUUCUGUUGACAUCUAUAUACCACUUUAGAGAGAAAAAUA